ACGCCAACUGCACGAUCAAACUACACUCUCAAAUAUCUUUUCAUAAGCGUUCGCCAACCAAUAUCUACUCUUCCUCCUUUCAUGCCUCAGCCCUCGGUCCAUCAGCUCUAUACACGACUAGAAACUAUUGGCAAAGGUGCAUACGGUUCCGUUCACAAGGGGAUCCACAUUCCAACCGGCAAAGUUGUCGCUCUCAAGAUUAUCAAUCUCGACACCGAGGAUGACGAUGUUGGUGACAUACAACGGGAGGUCGCUCUCUUAACACAGCUGCGAGACGCACCCAAUAUCACUCAAUACUUCGGAUGUUACCUGGAUGGCCCUCGUGUCUGGAUCGUCAUGGAGUACGCUGAAGGUGGCAGCGUACGUACCCUUAUGAAGGCUUGCAAAGACAAUAUCAUUGAGGAGAAGUAUGCUGUCAUCAUCAUCCGCGAGGUUCUUCAAGGUCUCAGGUUUCUUCACAAGUCUUCAAUUAUCCACCGCGACUUGAAGGCAGCCAAUAUCCUCGUUACUGCUACCGGCAAGGUGAUGAUCUGUGACUUUGGUGUAUCUGCGCUCCUUGUGACUGCCUCCAGCAAGCGAAAUACUCUCAUCGGUACUCCCCAUUGGAUGGCUCCGGAAGUCGCUCAUGCUGCCGCAUACGACACCAAAGCCGAUAUAUGGAGUCUUGGGAUUGCGAUCUACGAGAUGGUUAAAGGGAACGUCCCUCAUGCUCAGAUUUUCGACCAGGCCAAACUCAUCCAGAUGAUUCCUCGCAUGAAGCCGCCCCGUCUGAUUGAGGGCGAAGGCAGCAAGGAACUGAGGGAGUUCGUAUCUCAGUGUCUUAGAGAGUCACCUAAAGAUCGAUUGACCGCAGAUGAGCUACUGAAGACAAAGCUCAUAAGGUCCAUUUUGAAGACACCCAAUUCCAUUCUGACGGAUCUCAUUACGAGAUAUGAAGCUUGGGUACAGGAGGGCAACACCCGCGCAAGCAUGAUGGGGUCGCUGCCCUGGGAAGACGAGGAGAAUGAGGAGAGAGACUUCACCGACGUUCAGAGGGAAAGUACUGGUUGGGAAUUCGAGACGGUUCGCGGCAGAUCGGCCAUGGACUUCGCGUCGCACGACACAUUAUCUCCACCAGAUGUGUUCGAUGACGAUUCAGCGUCGUACUCGACAGUGAGGCCCCCAACGUCGAAAGUACCUCCGACCUUGCGCAUGUUAUUUGAGGAUGACACAAAUGACACCAGUCCUUUCCCCAUGGUACCCCCAAUUGAUCUUCCUAUGCCGACUCGAAGUCGGACACCAUUACGAGCUCGCGGACGUUCGAACAGCGUAACGAAGACCGGUAAAGAUGAGAUGAGUACAGUGAAGCAGACCUCUGACUUUGUGUUUCCUCGGAAACCGGUUUCUGAAGCGAAGCCUCAGCAAGAUGCUGACGAAACUUCAUCUCUCAACUUAGAGUUCUCUUUUUCACAAGAUUCACUUUCAAGUUCGGUUGUUGAAGACGUGGUUAACGACUCCCAUAAUCAGCAGGCAUUGUUUCUCUCCAGUGACCCUACCGGAUCCCCUGAGCCUCCUCCUGUUCCUGACUCAGGAGCCACUGUCACGCAGCAAAGCGUUUCCGAGCCCCAGCCACUCACUACACCUGGUGGGCAUCGCUUAACCCGAAAACGUUCUCAGAGUAGCGCUGCAGAGUCGGCUUCUCGUACAGUGGUACGAGUACACCGCGAUCGAAACCUAGCUUCCUCAGUUGAUUUCCAUUUCCCUUCCCGUCCUUCGUCCGGCUUCGACCCCGAUUUGUCUUCUGGCAACCCAAGUACAUCAACCUCGAUUAAUUCCCCUUUCCUUGGAUCUUCUCAUCACCCAGCAGCAUCACUAGAUGCCUCCAUUCUUCCCAAACGCCUCCCUUCACCUGGUUCACUUCCUCGCCCUCAAGCCAUCACUCGGAAAGGUUCUGCACCUGUCUUGGAAAUCAGCCGCUAUCAAGGGCAGGCUAUAUAUCCUGCAGAUGCUGGGCCGUUUUCGCGGCAUGGGCUCCCUGGCCUUAAGGAUGUACUGAAGAUCCCUGCUGUUACCUCGGAACUCCAGCUUGGCAUGUCAGAUCUUCUACCCCCAUCCCCGUUCUUGCAACACUCUCAACAACCUUCACCGCCGUCAACUAGUUAUGCCAUGUCUACCACUGAUCCACCCUCACGUCCGUGGCCUCUUAAUGCGUCAGCUUCGUCUUCAACGACAUCCCUGAAUUCACUCUCAUCCCUUCAAAGCCAAUCUCUUGGUGAUGGUAUCGCACCGUCACCGGGCCACUUCCGCUCGAGAUCCCAAGGAUUCGUAUCAUCGCUUCCCAUGUCUUCGAACCCCAUGUCUGGUCCAAUUGUGAAACCACUGGAUUUCAGCCCAUUGACGCAAUCACACGAGAAGACGCACGCAUAUCUCGCAUCAACAGUCAAUGAUCUCGCCCAGUGGCUAUCGAUGGUGGAGCUGGGCCUGACACAAAUUCUCGAUGAGACAAGUCAGGAUGCAAUAGUGGAGGAGCAAGAGCCCGAGGAUCAGCAUGUUGUCACAGACGGUGCAGUGUUCACCGAGGCAAGCGCUGCAACUUCUGCGUUGGUGAAUGGUACAGAAGAUGUUCUAGAAUCCUGAUUGUUUUAUCUAUGGUAUUGUUCUAGUGAUCUAGAUGUAUCCUUUUCCCGAGAGGUAGUCGGUGAUAAUUCGUACACAGUCGGUGACAUCGGAUUCAUUUGUCUUCAAAUGAAUUUCAGGGUCGACUGGAGGCUCAUAUGGAGCAGAAAUGCCAGUGAAGUCUACGAUCACGCGUUACGAGUGCACAAUAAAACGCAUGCCGUAAAUGAGACGAACCUUUGAUUUCACCGGCUCUGGCUUUCUUAUACAACCCCUUUGGGUCGCGCUGUUCUACGACGUCCAGCGGUGCAUCUACAAAUACCUCGAUGAAUUCCAGUCCACUUUCGUUAUGUAGUUCACGAGCGAUGGCACGAUCAGCGCGAUAAGGCGAAAUAAAGGCAGUUAAGCAUAUGCAGCACGAAUCGGCGAAGAGUCUUGAGACCUGCGCAAGACUCAGAAGAACGAAUGCUAGCAUGGAUUAAGGGAACACGUACUUCGCCGAUUCUGCGGAUAUUCUCGUUUCGCGACUUUUCGUCGAAUCCCAGGUCCUUAUUCAGGCCGAACCGAAUGUUAUCGCCAUCCAAUCGGUAAGAGAACUUCUUCAGGUGCAUUAGGUGCUGCUCAAGAGCGCACGCUAUCGUAGACUAGAAAGCAUACCUGAGCACCUCAUAAAUGUCAGAGUCAAUUGAAACCCGAAACCUUCCCGCUUGC